GAAAAAUGGGAUUAUCGUCGUUAUUUGGAGGGCCAACAAACACUGCAGCACCACCAACGGUUGGUGCAAAUGAUGCAACACCAUUUAUCUCUGAAGUUUCCGAACCAGUUACCAGGCUAGAUUCAGACAAUGAUUUUAAAAGAAAGCUAAAAGAGCAGAUUUCUCAGGAACUAGCAGUUGAAAACGCCACCUUGUUGGUUGAAAAAAUUAGCAAUAAUUGUUUUGAAAAGUGCCCAAUGGCAGAUGAUUUGUGUGUUAACCAAUGCUUGGAAAAAUACAUGAGAUCGUGGAACAUUAUUUCGAAAACGUACAUCAGCAGAAUCCAGAAAGCUUCUAAUGGGUUCUAAUCUGACGACCUUUGCGCUGCUGGCUUUCAGGACAUGGCUGUUCUUGCACCAUCGCUAUUAUCUUCUGUAUAUAUAUCAAUGCACACUACACAUUUUGCGCGUUUUUCAUGCAAGUAGCGCGUGUCGCGUGACACAUCACAUGUGUGCGAUUCUGUAAUAAGUCUCUCUAUAUUAGCUAGGAUAGAACACGAGUCUAU